AUGCCGCUCAUCAAUGGGCAAAAGAUGGCCUGUGAGCCCUGCAUUCGCGGCCAUCGAUCAACAAAGUGUAACCAUGCCAGCGACCGGCUCAUGGUCCCUGUCCGGAAACCAGGGCGCCCGCUCAGCUCGUGUCCUCAUCCUGCCUCACGGCCGUGCUCUUGUGCUGCCGUGACGGCGGCUAUACCCAAGAAGCAAACCUGCCGCUGCGGGCCUGCGUCUUCCUCAGAGUCUGCCGACCCCGACGCAAUCAAGAAGGAGCCCGAGUCGAAUGGCUCGUCGUUGCCAACCAGUCCUACGAGACCGACACCAAGUGCGCCAUUCAGAGUUCAGAAGCAGUCAUCUAAAAGCGCUGGCCGCAAACAGUCUGUCGGCGUUGCUGGGCUCGAGAGGAUGGACGCCAACCAGCUCAACAUUAUACAGGGUUUUGAUCCUACGCAGCAACCGUCUAUAAAUGGAACAAAUGGAAUAAAUGGCCAUGCUUCUAUGAAUGAACCUGCUUCAGGCGGCUGCUGCAGCGGCAAGAAGGCGCCACAAGGCACCUCUGUCGAAAAGGCAGACACGCACGCUGAGAGCAACAAACCCGAGCCUUCAGGAAGCUGCUGCUCAUCGAAAACCAACGGCACCACAACUCCGACACAGGCGACCACCGAAGCCACAAACGGUCACAUGAACGGAAACGCCAUGCCCGUCUUUCAACCUCCCAUAGGCAUGGCCAACGGCAUGUAUCCAUUCUUCGCCACGCCAAACAUCUUUACAUACCCUCCUCAAUAUGGCUCCUAUAUGCAGCCCCUCCAACCAAAGCAAUGGCGACAGGCUAUGAGCAACAUGAACAUGGCUCCUCAAGUACAACAAGCAUACAUGUUUGGCGGCCCACAAUCGGCUGUACCGUACCAGCCGGCUGGUGCUACAGAUACCGCGACAUGGACUUCUCACCAGUGCAGCUGCGGCGAUUCUUGUCAGUGCGUCGGAUGUGCUGCCCAUCCAUACAACGAUGCCACGCAAACCUACGUUAGAUCUGCUUGGAACGCAAUGAUGCAGGACACUCAGCCUGUGCAGAAUGGACACGCGCACGCCAACGGCACGCACACACCUCCAAAUGGCACGCACGACGCCACCAACGGACACCUGGCGCAGACCAACGGCAUCGCCACGACAGCAGCAGGCAAAACAGAAGGUGCCACUUCGCCCACGGCGCCGCAGACGCCGUCCGAUGCAACGUCGGGACUGGCAGAGGAGCAAGCACUCUCGGCCAAUGACUUUUUCUUUGUCAGCUACCCCUUCACCGACGGAUGCGAGGGCGAAAUGUCGAGCUGUCAGUGCGGCGACGACUGUCAGUGCAUAGGCUGCGCGAUCCACAACAAUCCGAGCCCCGAGAUUGGGAACUAA